AUGCGCCUCAUCAAGUCCCAGAUAGAAAGGCGCGACGGCUCAGGCUUUGCAACCCUCCUUCCCGAAGAGCCUGAAGAUAUGUGGCACGCCUACAACCUCAUCCGCCCCGCCGACCUCCUCCGCGCCUCCGCAAUCCGGCGCGUAACGACUGAAUCCGCAACCGGCUCUACCUCUUCCACACGCGUUCACACCACCCUCACCCUACGCGUCACAUCCGUCGACUUCGACGCCGGCGCCUCGGAGCUGCACGUCAGCGGCAAAGUGGCCGAGGAGAACAAGUAUGUGAAGCUGGGGGGCUUCCACACGCUGGAUCUUGAGCUGAACCGGAAUUUCACGCUCGAGAAGGCUGAGGGGUGGGACUCUGUGGCGCUUGAUAUCGUGCGUGAGGCGACGGACCAGCGGAAGAAAGCUGAGGUGUGGGCAGUGGUCAUGGGGACGGGAAUCGGGAACAUUUGUCUGGUUACUGAGAAUCAGACGAUCUUGAGGCAGAGGGUCGAGAGCAUGAUGCCGAAGAAGCGGUAUGAUGGGAGUGGGAAGCUUGAGGCUGCGCAAGACAAAUUCUUCUCCACCCUCCUGACCACCCUCCUAACCCACCUCGACCUCACAAUCCAACCCCCAAAGCCCCUCCUCCUCGCCUCCUCCGACUUCACCGCAUCGGCAUUCCAAGCCUACAUCAAGAGAACCGCCAUAAACACCGCGAACAAGCCGCUCCAAUCCCUCCUCCCGGCCAUCAUAAUAGCACACUCGUCCUCCGCACACGUGCACGCCCUCGCCGACGUCCUCAAAUCCCCCGCCGUGCUCCAGAAACUCAGCAACACGAAAUACGCGCGCGAGUCCUCGCUCAUGGACAGGCUCGAAGAGCUGCUGCGGAAGGACGACGGGAGGGCAUGGUACGGACCGCGGGAGGUGGAACGCGCGGUUGAGAAGGGGGCGGUGGGGCGCGGGGGCGGGGCACUGCUAAUUUCGAAUGCGCUGUUCCGGAGCCAGAAGAUCGAGGAGAGGAGAAGGUGGGUCGGGCUUGUGGAUCGCGUCAAGGAGGUUGAGGGCGGGGAGGUCAGGGUGUUGAGUUCUCUGCAUGAGAGCGGGAAACGGUUGGAAAGUCUAGGGAAUGUCGCGGCGAUCCUGACGUUUCCGCUUGAGGAUCUGGACGAGGAGGAUGAGGGCGACGGGGAUGGUGGGGUGGAUGGGACGAGAGUCGAGGGCGAAGGGGAGGAUGUGUCGGAUAUCGUAUGA